AUGCCCAUGUAUUCUGGGUACCGAGGUAUUUUCGCGCAGCGUGAUGCCUUCGUUAAAGCAACCGAGAAAGUUCGAACAGAAGUGAACCGAACCCGAGGCGCAACAAAAGAAAGAGUGGCAGUAUUUGGAGGAGCACGAGCGUGCACAUUGAGCAAAGUGCUGGUGGAAAGCGAGCAUGUAGCUAUAAAAACAUCAGGGAAGCAACUGCUGUUUAGCAGCUGGAGCGAACUGAUAAGCAGCCCUUGGGAAAUGGAUCCCUUCACGGGAAUUGGAAUUUUUCUUUUGGAUGUGGACGUAAAGGAGCAAGAUGUUGAAGAAAUAGUAGCCGAGCUACAGAAACGUCCUGAUGUGCAGGCAGUGAUCAUGGUGCCGCCAUUCGAAAAGGGCCACGAACAAGCACUGCAGAAAAUGAAAGAGUGGUUUAUGGCAAUGAAGGUGAAGUAG